UAGUCGGCUCCCGCUUACUGCAAUGCGGCAGGAGAAGAAGAAACGGAAGUCAGACGUUUGUUGUACGAAGCACACGGCGAGCACGCUGCCGCUGUCUGAUGAACGGAUUUACUCUUGAUUUUAAGCUCCAGAUAUGACCGAGUUUGGCGGAUGGCAUCAUCACCUGUCAGGAUGGUCUCAGGGUUCACAAUGAGUGGUGGCGGAGGCCUUGGUAUAAGUGGUCCAACCCCAGCCUGGGCGGGGUAUUUGGGAAAAUCCCAGGACAAGGACAAGUCUGUCCCAGCAGAGACAUGCCCCUGGUGCGAAGCAAAGGGACUGACCGUCACUCUACGGAGCUAUCUCAUCAACCACGAGGAGAGCAUUCGUCUCUGCCCCACCCCUACGUGUAUUUUCCCCCUGGUCAGCCGACCCCUGGACGCUGUGUUGGCCAGCCUGUCCUCCACCCCUGCGUCCACCACACCUGACCAGCUCCACUCCGGCCUGACCACAUCUGCCCCGGAGAGCCCCCCGUUUCUGCCCCCGUCUGCCAAACGCCCCCGAACCGAAGAGCCCAUCCAGGCCUGCCCUGUGGACACCGAUGGCACCAUACACCCUGACCCAUCCUCGCCGGCUGAGGACGCCAUUUCAGAGCCGAACGCCACGACCGAAGAUGAAGGAGCGUCCUCGACGAGGGGCGAAGACAGUGACCGUGAGAUGGUGUGCGCUUCCCCCGAGGAGGAGAACGCAGAACCGGAGGAGAUGGAGGCCGCUCUAGAACCCCAUCCUCCCGUCUCCACCACACAGGAGGAACACUCCGAGACUCUUUGUUCCGAGGAGCCUGCGGCGGAGGUGGCGGCGGAACCGGCGGAACCCUCCGCGUUGCCUGCGGAGGAAUGUGCCGGCGCCGGUGGUUCUGGCUCGCCUCAGAGCGGGAGUAAUUGGAGUUGGCUGAAUUCCCUGCUGCUGGCGCUAGCUCAGUGUCGGACCCUCAGGCUGUUGUCCUUGGGUCGGCAGGAGCGACGCUCCCGCGGGAGGAAGCGCAAGACUCCCAAUCAGGAUGCGUCACCUGUGCUGGAUCUGUGUGCGCGAUACGAGGCUGCCUCCGAACACCAGAUGGAUAGAGAAGGCAACAGUCUCCGAGACGCAGAGAAAAGGUUGACUGAUCUCCGAUCGUCUACCCUCCAGCUGCUGCAGCAUCCCCUUCAACUGAAGCGUGAACGCAUGCGGCGGCCAGUGGAGGUUCCUUCUCUGGCUCUUCCAGUCCUGCUGGAGCUGGACAUUCAGGCUAAAGAGCUCUUCCAGCACACGGUCCAGUGGGAAAGCCAGUGUCUGACCUGCGACUGCAGCUCAAGCAGCAGCUGUACCAAUACUGCAUCACCCUACGCGUAUUUGGUGUCUGAUUGGCACCCGCUGAGUGCCCCUGUCCAAAUCACUUGCAGCCGUUGUCAAAGCAUCAACGAGAAGAAAAUUCUCCAAGAGAGGGUACCGCCAGUGUUUGCCGUGCACUUUGCCGACGGUUUCCCUCAGGAUGAUGUCACCGCUUGCUCGUUCAGCUACGCAGAGGCACGGUACGCCGCGGCCGUGGUGAUCCAGCACAAGGCGAGCGAGGACAUCUUCAUCUCCUGGUCUCGCCAGACAGACGGGUCCUGGAUAGCGUAUGAAGAAUUCACAGAUCUAAGGGGCAUAUCUCACUCAAAAUUGGACGUCCCUACAAAGGAAAUCCACAUGGUCUUUUGGGAGGUUGAACCUGAAGACACACGCCAGACCCCAAUACAAAAGGCCUUAGUUGUUCUUCCUCCACAGGCAGAAACCACUUCAGUUGAUAUUCCGCCGCCGACAGAAACCACUUCAGUUGAUAUUCCUCUGCUAACAGACUGCCAAACAGAGGAGGAAGCUGUUGAAGAAAUGGUCUCGUCACAUGACCAGUCUCUCUCGACUCCACACGAAGACACGUUUGUGUCGGCACUCAAGCCAAGCGACCUCGGCGACAUCAGUCAGAUGGACACCUCCAUAGGCAGUGCCACGCUGCUGGACACCUUUGAGGGACUGUCCCACAACGAUAUCGUCACACUCACUCUGGCGCCGGAGAAGUUAGGACACGCGACGAAGGGCGAGAGUCAGAAGACACCCUUGGAGCCCCCUGCUGUUGGGGGAACUGGUGAACCCUCGGUUCCCGAGGAGGCUCAGGUCACCACAGUCUCUAGCCCUCCUGUAGUGAGGAGGAGCAGGAGGCUUGCCAUCAAACAGGUCGAGCGUAAGGUCAGGCAGACCUCAAAACAGAACAACAGCACAGAUCAAGAGGAGAGCCCAGAGUCACAAGAGGAACCGUGGACGCCAGAGAGGCCAAAAAACACAAAACUUAAAUCACAGCCUGCGGAUUGCUUAAGUUCUCAAACAGAUAACAUGGCGCUGGACACCUCAACACUGCAGAACACCACACUGUUCAUCCCAGCUCAUCAGAUCUCUGGAGAGAGCUCUACGGCACCUGGUACGACUGUGUACAUCCCACUGGCAGGUGAUCUGGCCCAGAGUUUAACUUCACAAAUCCUCAGCCAGCCAAACUCUACACUCUUGCCCGUUCCUCCAGAUAACCUUGAAGAGCAAGUUGAAGUGACACAGACCCAGUCACCAGAUACUCUAGAAGUGCAAGAAGCAAUAAAACCAGCUUCAUCCAAAAAGAAUCCUAUACCUAGAGCCCCACCUAAGAAUAAAAUGAAAGGCCAAGUAUUAAUAUUUCAAAGCCCAGAGAAAACAGUCGCUCAGAACUCAACGCAGGCAGCAGAAUUGGUUGUGCAGAACCCAGCAGAGCCUACAUCUGUGACAAAUCUGUCCCCUCUCACCCCAACAGUACGAAGCUCAGUGCUGUUGCCUCAAAUGCUAGAGUAUCCAACAUUUUCAGAAAAUCUGCUCCCCUUCUCAAAGCAGACCCUAGCAUUGGAGAAUCAAACUGUGAAGACCCCUACAGUGCCAAGCCUAACAACACAGAACACUCAAGCAACGCAUAUGGCUGCAGUGCAAACUUCAACAGGGAAAAACCCGCCCACACCACAAAUCUUAGACGGUCUCCCACCAGACACUAUAAUCACAUUAAACCUAGACAUAGAAAUGGAUUCAGCUGAACCGGGUCGGCUGCAACCACCAGAGAUAAUCCUCCCGUCAACACUAUACACGCCCAGCGGGCAAGAUCCAGUCUGGUCACCUUCAGCUGAUCAGAACCCUGAACUUAAUUCCCCUACUAAGCAGAACAUGAAAGGACAAACCUUAGUGAUACAGAACACAACACAGCCAACAACAGUGAUUCUAAACCCAACUCAGCAAAUGGGAACAGCUGUUAAGUACCUCACACAACAAUCUGCACCAGUAACUAAUCUAACUCUUCUUCCCUCAAUAGCGCCCAACUCAGAGCAGUUACUUCAAACCGCAGAGUGCCCAACUGUGCAAAACCCAGGAAUGCCGAACCUACCGCACAACUCUCAAACAACCCACAUGCCUGCAGCACCAACGUCAACAAGGAAAAAGCCAUCACCACAAACUUUAUCAAAACAGGAUCUAGCAACACCACCCACUGCAUUGGAUAACCGAAUGCCACAAAGCAUAGUCCCAUUGAACCUGGAUGUGGACAUGGAUAUGGAUUAUAUUGAGCCAGAUGAACUACCUGAUGAGCCAGAGUUUGUCCUCCCAUCUGUUGUGAGUUCACUUCCUCAACAUCAUCCCCAUGCAACGGUGACUUUCCUGGAGACUCCAUCCUCUACACUUCUCCCUCCUCUUUCUACCCAGUCCUCAUCCACAACUAGUGUGUCCCUCAAGAGUGAACCUUCUCCCCCUAAACCCUCCAAACAGCAGUCCAGUCUCUCACUGCAAAGCCAGCAGAAGACUGCAAAGCCGGUGACUCCCGCCAUAGUCAAACUAGAGAACACAAAGACGGCGGAAACCCCUAAGGUGAAACCGAAGCCUGACCUGAGCAGUGUGCCUCCCGUCAAACCUCACAUGUUCCAAGGUUUCAAGUUCCACCAAAAGGGGGCACCGUCGGAAGGUUCUGCCGGUGUGUUGGCAGGCCUCACCACCAGGCACAUCCCUGCAAAGCCAACUAUACCCAUAAAGCCAUCUCGACCCCAGCUGCCAUUCGGUGGGACUUCCCACAAACUCCCUCUCGGAAAAACAGCCACGGCCAGGCCUGCUGCCGCCGCAGCAGCAGCUCUUAGUCUGGGACCACCACCAGCAGCAGCAGCAUUGUUGAAGGUCAAGAAAGACCCGGACCAAGCCACGUCGCUGACUGUUCCAGAGGACAUCAAGACGGCUGCUCUGAGGCUGAAGCUCCUGAAGAAACUGAAGGCCAAGAAGAAGCAGCUGGCCGAGCUCGACCAGAUGCUGCGCCACAGAGGCAUGGUGCCCCAGUCCUGCAGCGCGCCCCCUAGCGUGGCAGCCUUCGCCGCCUCCGCCGACACCAGCCCACUGUCCUCCUCGCAGGUGACCUCACCUGGCACGCCAUCCACGGCGUCCUCGGACGGAGCGGACAUGCUCGACAUGUUGGUGAGCGGCGGAGGAGACGCGCUCGGACACCUGAUGGCCGCCAGCGCUCCGGUGAAAUCCCAGAAUCCCCCCAGCGCUCCUCUCAGUUUGCCGUCAACGUCAGCCCCCGCCGCUGACUUCCUGACUAUCGAUGACUUCCUGGAUGACGUCAUCUUUGACACCAGCGUGACCGAGAAGGCCUUGGAAAACAACGACUUUGACACGCUGGACAUGUUUCUGUGAGUCAGUAGAUGUUCUGUUAUGCCUUGAAACUUAUUUCAGUGUCACAUUCAUGAGCUAUGUAACAGUAGUUUAAAAAAAAAAUUUACUGUUUAGAAUGCAUUAUUGUGAAUAGUUUGAAAAGGUUAUUUAUGUUGUAAAGUAUGUCCAGUACAAAAGUCAUUUGUAAUCUAAAUAAAAUAAUAUUUUUUAGACGC